AUGUCAGAAGCAAAUAAUGAGUCGGUAACUUCUGCUGACCAAAAACAAUCAAACACUGGAAUCAUGAAAGCUAGUGCUACAAAUACUGAUGGAAAUGAAGCACAACCUUUAUUAGGUUCAUCGAAAGUUGCUGCAAGAAGUCAUCCUACCAGGGUUAUUGGUGGUAACAAUAGUCAUCAGAGUAAUAAUGAUAGUAUUUCAAGGUCAAGUCAACAACCAAUUGGUAGAAGUAAUGAAAACUUACAAUUCAACUUGUUAAAGAUUUUAAGGAGUUAUAAGUCAUUUAUUAGAGUAAUAAGAUGGAUUUCAGGUAUAUCCCUUGUGAUUAGUAUCGUAUGGUUUAUUAUUACCUUGAUAUCAGAUUUUUUCUUUGGCUUAGAUUCUUUAAUUGGAUUUAAAGAUGGUGAUAAUAGUUUUAAUGAAAUUGUAUUGAUAUUGGUUUCCACUGUUGCAAAUUAUUCAACGUUGGUAUUCAAUAGAUUAGGGUUUUACUCAUCUUUGGAUUUAAAAUUAAAUAUGGUUCUAUUUAUUUUAUCAGGGAUAAAUUUAUUAAUCAUAUGCUGUAAUAGAUAUAUCAACAACAGAGUUGGUUUAUUGAAUAUUCUACCAAUAGUUUGGGCAGGUACUUCUUUUCUUAUUGGAAUAGUUUUUGAGUGGUACUUAUUACACUUUAAUAGACAGGUUUUGAAGGAAUGCGCCUCUGACGACGACGACGACUUAAUAGGAAUUUCAUUAGGUUCUUUUGAAAGUAACGAACCCUUAAGUAUACAGAGGCUCUCAUUUGUUAGAAGCAUGCAAUCUCAUACUUUAACCGAAUGGCUAUAUAUAGGGUUGAGAAAUUUAAUAAAAAUUCUUCUAGUAGUUUUUAUUGCACUUUUUACUUUGAAUACAAUGCUAUAUGCUUGGGAUAUAAGUGUUUUAACGAAAAAUAUUACCAAUAUAAAAAACUCAGAAGAAUCUUAUGAGUCAUUCCAUUGGAUUGAUGAGGCACACUCCUAUAAAUUACACAUUAAAUGUUAUGGCGAUGUUUUUAAUAACGACACAGCUCUUCAACCGGUUGUUUUAUAUGAGCAUGGUGGUUACGAUACAGGAUAUACGUCUACAAAUUGGAUCCAUGAUUUAUACCAAUUAAAUGAGGUCGAGAGAUACUGUACUUAUGACAGACCUGGUUAUGGAUUAAGUGGUUCACCACCGGCGCCUUUAUCUAUAUCUCUCGUAGCUGACGCAUUAUCAUAUGCCUUACUAGAAGAUGCAAAAAUUACAGGUCCAUUUAUCACUAUAGGUUAUGAUAUUGGUGGAUUAUUUUCUCAAGUAUUUUCAGCAAAGAACAUCGAUAGAGUUUCUGGAAUUUUAUUGAUAGAUUCAUGGACAGAACAUCUAUUACUUCGUGAGAAAUAUCCAGAUCUCAUUACGGAGGAUUCUCCAUUUCUAGAGGUAAACGCUGAUAAUAAUAAUAAUACAUCAAUUUAUUUUCAAGAUUGGCAUAGGGAAUUUAGACUAUUUAAGAACGGGUUGCUUUCCACUUUAGGGUUAAGCCUACAAAAAUCUUGGAUUUUUAAUAGAAGAGGCUCCAUAGAUCGUAUCACUGGAAGUGAUAUGAAGUACCAGGGGAAGUUCAUAAGAAAUAAAUUCCUAGAAAGUAUUACCAGUACUGUUUUGAGCUUUAGGGACGUAAUAAAUAGUAGAGAAACAUUAGAAAAUGCCAAGUUGAGCGUAGUGAGUUCCAAAACAAUGGUUCAGAAAUCACCCUCUUGGGCUAAUUGGCAGAGAGAAUUGACGAAAAUAUCAAAAAACACAAGGGAAUGGAAAAUAUUUGAUGGUGGUCAUGAUUAUUAUAAGCAUGCCGAUGGUAUACAACAAAUCCAGCAAGUAUUGAUAAGGCUAUUAUCAAAGUAG